AUGUCACAUAUUCCGGGGAAAGCUGGCGUCGAGCGCGUUGUUCGGUAUUUCCUGGAUUCGGAUGUCGCACAACCCGACAAAUGCGUGGACCCCAUCUGGAUAUUGGGAGUGGAACAUCCUGGCUAUGACCCAUCGUCUCUCAUCCUUCGCGAGAUUCCUACACGUUUGAGGCGUGAUUCGACGGAUUCAGCUUCCAUUAUCAGCCGGCACUCGACCCGGAGGGACAAUUCCGGUUCUUCUUCUAUUGAUCGAUCUCAGUUAGCGCCUUCGCCUGGAAAGCAAGUGCAGCCACGAGACCUAGGAUGGCCUGCAUCGUUCUAUGACGAUUUUACCUCUCGGAUAUGGCUAACGUAUCGUUCGCAAUUCUCCGCUAUCCGGGAUCAUUCACUCCUCAGCCUCGGGAGGCCCAUGCCCAGCACAAGCCCGCCAAAGCGGUGGGUUUGGGGCGGCGAGAAAAGCUGGACGAGCGAUUCUGGAUGGGGUUGUAUGCUCCGGACGGGUCAAUCCCUCCUUGCCAACGCCUUGAUACAUCUUCAGUUAGGAAGGGACUGGAGGAAACCUAGCCAUCCAUCGAAUACUACAGAGUUUGCAACUUACGUCAAGAUCGUGACUUGGUUCUUUGAUACACCAUCACCUUUGGCACCAUUUGGCGUACACCGGAUGGCCCUUGCCGGAAAGGAACUUGGGAAAGAUGUGGGUAGUUGGUUCGGCCCCAGCACUGCCGCGGGCGCGAUCAAGUUCGUUCCGUCCCAUUCGUCUUUACGAGUGAAUAUGAUAUUGAGGCACCCAUUUAUCCAGGACUCUUGUUGGCACUUUUCCAGCAUGCGGUCUCUCUGUAUCUAUCGCGGUGGAUGGGGUUCUGUACGAGUCAGAAGUUUACGCAGCUAG